CACACUAUUUCCCGGUUACCGACAGUUUUCAAGAAUCCGUACAUUUGAACAGUUUACAAAAUGUUAAAAAAUGUGGUAUAUUUUUUGUUGCCCGUUGUACUGAGUGCGCGAUGUGGCGAUAAUGGUUGUAGACAGAUACCGUCCUCACGGAUCAUGGGAGGAGACAUAACUGAAGAACAUUCUAGGCCAUUUCAGGUGGCCCUGUACUCGAGGGUAGGCGCCACAGGAGAGCUGGGAUUCUGCGGGGGCUCGCUCCUACACCCGCAGUGGGUGCUCACUGCGGCACACUGCUGCUUCCAUGACGGACAACAAGUCGACCACGUGCAGGCGAUCUUAGGCGCGCAUUCCCUAUACGACCGGUACGAGAAUGGCCGCCGCGUGGUCAACGUGGAAGAUAUAGAGGUCCACCCUGGCUGGGACGCCACUACGUACGCCAAUGACCUGGCGCUGUUGAAGCUGGCUAACAUCGUGCAGCUUACUGAAACGGUGAAUGCAGCUCGUCUGCCGUAUCUUCGCAUCGCGGACUUCAAUUACGCGGGUUUACGAGGAACUGUUUCAGGAUGGGGCAUCGCGUCACCCAGCGUAACAUUCGUGUCCCCAACGCUUCGUCAGAAGUUCAUGACUGUGAUGACGGAUCAGUUCUGUAACGCGGAGUAUGCUGGCCAGCUGCCCGACAACAUAGUGUGCGGGUUCAACAACACUGCAGGCACUUGCAAGGGUGACAACGGAGGACCAUUGACUAUAUUUUGGAAUGCGACCGAAGAAACAAUAUUGAUUGGGGUGGCAUCGUUUGUGGACGUGAGUGGCUGCAAUGAGGAGCGACCCUCAGUGUUCACCAGGGUCCAACGAUACCUGCCUUGGAUCAGUGAAGUAACGGGAAUCAUACUCGACUAACCCUGACACAAAUAUAGGCGACGUCGGUCGUCGACCCACACGGCAGAAGACUCGACUGACUUUAUAUUUUUUAUAUACAUAAAUAAGAUCAAGCUUAUUUCCCGUUGGGGUAGGCAGAGACCACGGAAUUCCACGUACUACGAUCCUGACUGACACUCUCAUCAAAAACUACUAAGUAUAUUACUAUAUUUUUAAUACGAACAAUGUUUAUAUCUUUUGGGAAUCCACUAGUAUAUUAUAUGCAAAGCAAACGCUUUGAUAUCAGGUACUUAUAAUUAAUUAUUUACAUAUUUUUUUUAUAAAAACACAAGUAAAGGGGAUAAGGUACCGAUCUUUCUUC